CUGACGUCCGGACGUGUUCAGCUGAAGCAGCUCUGCAUACAUGAGCAGGAGGAAGGAUUUGAUUUCACGCGGCACAAAGCACAGAGUCCUUUGCUCCACAUUGUAUUACUCCAAAAACAGUACACAGCACCUAUACAGUAUUAAGGAUGCAGUGUUUUAAAUUGAUUAAAGAAUAACAUCCUGUAUGGAGGCUUUCGUCCUAACAGGAACAAAAUAGUUUCCUCAUAUUAUGUGCAAAUGUGAAGCCUGCAAUACAUCACCUCUGCCCCACAUUGACACACAAUGAAACAUCCCACCCAAGGGCUUAAAAUCUGCUCCCUCAUCACACUGGAGCCUGUUGCCUCUUCCAGAGAGUCACGAGAACAUCCAGCAAGAUGCCUGCCGACUACAGCGGGACAUGGGACCUCGUCAGUAACGUUAACUUUGAGGGAUACAUGGUCUCACUUGGCAUUGAUUUUGCAACUCGCAAAAUUGCCUCGAUGUUGAAGCCCCAGAAGGUGAUUAAGCAAGAUGGAGAUUGUUUCAUAAUCAGGACGUUCACUUCUUUUAGAAAUUAUGAGACCUCGUUCAGAGUUGGAGAGGAGUUCCAAGAGGUGACCACAGGAAUGGACAACCGGACGUGUCAGACUGUGGUGACCUGGGACAAUGAAAAGCUGGUGUGUGUUCAGAAAGGAAAAAAGAAGAACCGAGGGUGGAAACACUGGAUUGAGGGGGACGAGCUUCACUUGGAAAUGACCUGCGAGGACCAAGUCUGCAAGCAAAUUUAUAAAAGGGCUUCUUGAUUUAUUGUACUUAUGAUUGGUGAAACCAUUUCCUGCAACGGAGAAUUGAAUUCACAUUAAAUGGGCUAAUCCACAUCAUUGAGUUCUUCUCUCUGUUGUGGAAGAAGUAUCUGAACCUCUUAUUUUAGAAAAACUACCAAUAGAACAGUGUAAAGUACUGCAUUGAAAUACUACUUAAGUAAAAUGACAAAAGUAUUAAUGCACUUAAUGUUAUUGAAGUAAAAUUCUGCAUAAUAAAAUACCCCUGUGUGAUUUUUCAUA